AUGAAGUCCAUCCAGAUCUUCAGAACAGUGGCACAAGUCCGCCAGUGGCGAGCCAACGCCCUAUUCGCCCACCAGUCGGUUGGCCUCGUCCCCACCAUGGGUGCCUUACAUGAUGGCCACUGCUCACUCAUCUCCCAGUCCCUACAAGACAACGAUAAGUCCAUAGUUCUGAUCUUUGUGAACCCAUCCCAAUUCGCUCCCCACGAAGACCUAGACGCCUACCCCCGGACUGUCGACGCCGACAUGGCCCUCUUGAACCAGUUCCCCGGUAAAAAGGUGGAUGCGGUGUUCAUUCCCAAGGUUUCAGAAAUGUACCCAUCUGGUAUAUCCACAAACAUAGAUGAACAAAGAGGUGCUUUUGUGGCCGUUAAAGGAUGCUCUGAGCAGCUUGAAGGAUCGCUGCGGCCCCAGUUCUUCCGCGGAGUUGCUACGGUGGUGACCAAAUUGUUGAAUGCGGUGACACCUACAAGAGUGUAUUUUGGCCAGAAAGAUGCCCAACAGUGUGUGGUGGUACAAAACUUGGUCAAAGACUUGCUUAUUGAAACCACGGUCAAGGUGUUGCCCACAAAGAGAGAAGCAAACGGGUUGGCGAUGUCUUCACGAAAUGCGUACCUUUCAGAGGAAACGAAACAGAAAAGUGCAGUAAUCUACCAAUCUUUGGUGAACGGUGAGAGGUUUUACCAGGAGAAGAGCCAGCAUGGGCCUGUGAAUGUGGGCGAGAUCCUAGCACGAAUUACCGACACCUUGAACGACAGUACUGGGUUUGACAUUGAGUAUAUAGCCUUGAGUCAUCCUGAGACGCUAGAGGACCUUGAGGUGGUGGAGCCGGGCGUAGGUGCGGUGGUGUCGACAGCGGUGCGGGUACCCCGCGAGGGUUCCAGCCAGCAAACUAGGCUCAUCGAUAAUGUCAUUCUCCAUUGA